ACACCUCGAAGGGGAUCGUAAAGCAGCAAGAAGUCACGAAGCCGGUCUUGUGAGAGACUCCUCUGAUAGCAGCCAACUCCGAAACUGCGGGAUGGAGACACAGAAGCUGCUGACCCCAGUGAAUAGCUACGGGUCCCAGGAUGGGGACACGAGGCCGAGUUUGGGCUUUGGUUCUCUUCAACCAGAAGAAGAGGACCUCCGCCGUCGCCUGAAGUAUUUCUUCAUGAGCCCCUGUGACAAGUUUCGUGCCAAAGGCCGCAAGCCAUUCAAACUGGUGCUCCAGCUGAUCAAGAUCCUAAUAGUCACUAUUCAGCUUGUCCUCUUCGGGCUCAGCAAUCAGAUGGUGGUCACCUUCAAAGAGGAGAACACGAUGACGUUCAAACACCUCUUCCUGAAGAACUAUGUGGAUGGGGCAGAGGAGACCUAUGCGGUUUAUACACAGGCAGAUGUCUAUGAGCACAUGGCCUAUGCGGUGGAUAAGUACCUGGCCGUUGCGAACGAGACAGUCGGACGCUACGCCUACGUGCCUGCGGGGAGCGCAAACCAAUCAGCGCUUAUGCUUUGCCAGCAUUACUACCGGAAAGGAAGGAUUGACCCGGCCAAUGACACCUUCAACAUUGACCCCAAAGUCAUCACAGAGUGCCUUGGUGUGGAUCCCCCACAGAAUAUACCUUCUGCCCAGGACUCUGAGGAGACGUCUGGAGCCCUCCUGGAGCCAGACCGCAGUUACAGGAACUUUACUCUCAAGUUUUACAAGCUCAUCAAUGUCACCAUCCGGUUCAAGCUGAAAGCCAUCAACAUCCAAACCAUCAUCAACAACGAAAUCCCGGACUGCUACACCUUUUCCAUCACGAUCACAUUUGACAAUAAAGCACACAGUGGCCGAGUGAAGAUUCACUUGGACAACAAAGUGGAUAUCCAGGAAUGCAAAGACCCCAGUGUCUCUGGCAAAGGAGACAACAGCUUCCGGAUGUUCUUUGACGUGGUGGUCCUCCUCAUCUGCGUGCUGUCUUUCAUCUUGUGUGGCCGCUCCAUCAUCAGGGGGCUCCUCCUGCAGCAUGAGUUCAGCCAUUUUUUCCAGCGCCGCUACAAUCAAGACAUCUGCCUGUCCGACCGACUGGAAUUUGUGAAUGGUUGGUACAUCCUGCUGGUGGUGAGCGACAUCCUUACUGUGUCCGGGACCAUCAUGAAGAUAGGGAUUGAGUCCAAGAACUUUGCCAACUAUGACGUAUGUGGAAUCCUCCUGGGCACCUCUACACUCCUGGUGUGGGUCGGCGUCAUGCGUUAUCUCAGCUUCUUCCAGAAGUACAAUAUCCUCAUUGUCACCAUGCGGGUUGCCCUCCCCAACGUCAUCCGUUUCUGCUGCUGUGUGGCCGUCAUCUACUUGGGCUAUUGCUUCUGUGGUUGGAUUGUGCUGGGACCCUACCAUGUCAAGUUCCGCACCCUCUCGAUGGUGUCAGAGUGCCUUUUCUCGCUCAUCAACGGGGACGACAUGUUUGUGACCUUUGCGGCGAUGCAGCAGAACAGCUACUUGGUGUGGCUGUUCAGCCAGCUCUACCUGUACACUUUCAUCAGCCUGUUCAUCUACAUGGUGCUCAGCCUCUUCAUUGCGCUCAUCACUGGCUCCUACGAGACCAUCAAGCAUCAGUGUGAGGGGGAAGCGGCAGUCACCCAGCUCCACGCUUACAUAGCUGAGUGCAAAGACAGCCCCAAAUCGGGCAAGUUCCGCCGGGACAGUGGUUCCUCAUGUUCAGUCUUCUGCUGCUGUGAGAGAACCCCACUGCAGGAGAACGUCCUGGUGGUGAACUGAGCGCUGUGACAGAGCGAGGAGGACUGCCUUGGCUGAUCAUUGCUGGGCACGGACCUGCAUGUGGACCUCUGAGACUGACGGAGCCUCCCGUGUCCUGUCUUCCGGCAGGGACUAGGACGAGAGGGGGCAGCCGAUAUCCUUGCCUCCUGUGGGCUGUGACCUUAUGUGCCGGCUCCACAGAGAGCCGUUGAGACAGUCCUUGGUGUCUGAGCAACAGACACUUGGGGGGGCCAGGGGGAGGGGACUAGAGUUUUAACCAGUAUCUCCCCCAGUCUUGAACUGGCGCCGCAAUAGCCCCGGCUGAUUUAUUGCUGACCUGUGUAUACCGGCUUUUCCCAGGCUCCCUGUGGGAUUAGCAGGUUUGCCAGACAGUCGCAGCGGGGGAAUGCAGUUUUGCUUUAGUUUUUUGUUUUUGUUUUUUAAAA